AGGAUCCAGUCCAGUCACCAAAUUCUUUUGAGAAAAAAAUGUAAUUUGGGUAUGAUCUAUGGUCAAUGCAAAUCACAGGAAGCUCUGGUUUCCUGUUUCCUGUUUCCCAAUUCAUUUCUGUUCUGUUACCCCUCCCCCGUUCCUUUGUAUAUUUUCUGUUGGGCCAUUGGAGACAGGUCACUCUCUCUAGGAGAUCAGACUUAGAGCUGUCUGGAAGAAGGCCCACAGCUGUUGGAAAGUACAGGUGUGAACAAGAUGGACUCCAACAUCUCUCUUCUCAUGAAUAUGUCUGCAGGGAACCCCAUGAAUAUGUCUGCAAGGACCCAGUCAGUAUCUGCAGGUCAUGUCGCUCUGAAUGUCUUCUCAUAUUUGAUGUUUGCAGUCACCUUUGUCCUUGGCGUGCUGGGCAACGGGCUCGUGAUCUGGGUGGCCGGCUUCCGCAUGGUACGCACAGUCACCACCAUCUCUUACUUGAACUUGGCCGUUGCGGACUUCUGUUUCACCUCCACAUUGCCAUUUUUCAUUGCCUCCAGGGCCAUGGGAGGGCACUGGGCAUUUGGUUGGUUUAUGUGCAAGUUCAUAUUUACCAUAGUCGACAUAAACCUGUUUGGAAGUGUCUUCCUGAUCGCCCUCAUAGCACUAGACCGCUGUAUUUGUGUCCUGCAUCCGGUCUGGGCUCAGAACCACAGAACCGUGAGCCUGGCCAAGAAAGUGAUCAUUGUACCCUGGAUUUGUGCUUUUCUCCUUACCUUGCCAGUUAUCAUUCGUGUGACCACAGUUCCUAAUAUACUUGAACCAGGGAAAACAAUGUGUACUAUUGACUUCUCCCCCUGGACGGAAGACCCUGUAGAGAAGAAGAAGGUGCAAGUCACCAUGCUUACUGUCAGAGGGAUCAUCAGGUUCAUCAUUGGGUUCAGCACACCCAUGUCCAUUGUAGCCAUUUGCUAUGGGCUCAUAGCCACUAAAAUGCACAGGCAAGGCCUGAUCAAAUCCAGCCGUCCCCUGCGGGUCCUUUCUUUCGUUGUGGCUGCCUUUUUCCUCUGCUGGUGCCCUUAUCAGAUAGUGGCCCUAAUAGCCACAAUCAGAGUCCGUGAACGCCAGAAUGCUAUCACUCCAAACCUCAUGGUUGCAGUGAAUGUCACCAGCGCCUUGGCUUUCUUUAACAGCUGCCUCAACCCAAUCCUCUACGUCUUCAUGGGCCAGGACUUCAGAGAGAAACUAAUCCACUCCCUGCCAGCUAGUCUAGAGAGGGCUCUAAGCGAGGACUCAGCCCAGACCAGUGACACAGGCACCAACUUGAGCACCAACUCCUCUCUACCUUCUAAAGACAAUGUACAAGCAGCGUGAAGAGAGAGCCCCAACGCUAAGCUUUAUCUGCUUUCAGUUCCCCUGUGCUUUGUAUAGACAUUCCCUGUUGACCUAUACACUCAUUAGAAAAAAAAACCUGAGAUGAAUUUUUGGACUUUUAUUACCUCAACCCAAGAUAGUCAAUAAAGAGAAAAGGCAAAAAGAACAUACAUUUUCUUGUUAGUCUGAGAUACUUAUAAACGACAGCUAGUGCUAUAGUGUUGUUACUAAUACUAUCCACCUCUAGUCCCCUCACAGGAUGUAAACCCACAAAUUCUCCUAAGUGUCCUUCUGUGGCUAAUGUGUGCAUGUUUACUUUAGAAAAUGAAGGAAGAAGGGGAAAGACUCCUAACCCUUGAACUGCACAAUUUCCUGAUCCCCUGUGUUGAAAUAUUUUAAAUAAUUGAAAUAUCAUAUCACUUGCCCUCAUAAGACCAGUGUUUUCCCUCAUGGCUUUCAGUACAGCUACAACCAAAUUAGUCCAAUUUGUACAGUAUCUGGUAUCUGAAGUACCUGCUCCAAGGUGAAUGAACCCAGAAGGGUACUCCAGGUUUUACUGUCAGCAACAGUGAAUAAGUGCCACUCAGCACACACCACCAUCCCUCCAGCAGCCCCCCCACCACACACCUGCGUUUGUUGUCAUUUGAGUUCUUUUGAUCUUGACCACUCUGACUUGAGUAAGAAGAAACCUAAAAUAGUUUCCUGCUAGAUAAGGAUUUUCAACAUCCAUUUCAAUGUUUUGUAACCAUUAGUAAUUCCUCCUUUGAGAAAUCUGUCUUUAAAUUGGGUUGUUUGCUUUCUUGAUGUUUAGCUUUUUUAUUUUUAUUUUACUUAUUUGAUUUUUAGCUCUUUGUAUGUUUUAGAUACUAAUCUGCUGUCAGAUGUCCAGUGGAUAACGAUUUUUUUUCCAUUCUGUAGACUGCCUCUGUACUUAAGUGCUUAUGUUCUUUGUUGUAUAAAAGUUUUUUAGUGACAUUGGGUCCCAUUUAUUUAUUGGUGAUCUUAACACCUGUACUUUAAGGUUCUAUUUUAAAAGUUUUUCCUAUGACAAUGAGUUCAAGUGUAUUCCUUGCUUUUUCCUAUAUCAGAUUCAAGUCUCUUGUUGCAGUCCUUAAUCCAUUUGAAGCUGAGUUUUGUGCAGAGUGAGAAUAAGGAAUCAGCUUUUUUUCCUUUACAUGUGGCUAUCAAGGUUAUCCAGCACCAUUUGUUGAAGAUGCUUUCUACUGCAGUGAUUAUUGUGGGAUUAUUGAGGGAUUAUUGUAGAUCUGCAGUCAGUUUCGGUGAUCAAUGGGUUUGCGUUGAAGCCAGGGGCGGGCUGUUUUUAUUAGAUCUGUACGGAUCUGCAGCACAGCUAUAUAGGGCUAGGAGGUGCUGUGCAUGCCACUAGAAAGGAAUCAGUAGGCUUAUCCAUUGGUGAGGACUGAGAGCUCAAAUAACAACCAUCCUGACAAGUCAUAUCCAUUGGUACAAUACUGGCAUAAACAUCAUGAGAUUAACCAGCAACAUUUUUAUUGGAUUUAAAGCCCACUACAAAAAUCAAAACCCAUAUCUGCCACCAUGCUCAGAGCCAUGAGCCUCUGACUAAAGAGGUUAUAGGCCCUAGAUGAGAACCUUCGACUGCUAUUCUAACUAGACAUAGUGUUAACCAACUAGUAGUGAGUAUCAUUCUACACGUAGAGUAGUGCAUCUCUCAGCUCUCAUCAGAGAAGGUUCAUUUUCCUGGAGAUAAUAAAAACUACAGAGAUCCGCACUUGGUUAAGAUGUAGAGAACAAAAGACUAAUGAAUGCUCAAUCCCAAAUGGAAAAUGUAUAUCACACACAAUCCUCUCAAGGUUCAGGGGAUCAUUGUGAAACAGAGACUGUGUUAGGGAACAAAAAGAUUGUAAGAGUCAGAGGUGGCAGCUGUCUACAAGGAAAUAGAGUUUUCUGGGCACCACAAGGCAGUGGCACAUACAAAGCUACAGGGCUUAUGACAUUGUGAAUGAUGUUCGUGCAAGCUAAAGCCAAACCAAAUCUCAGUAUGGAAAGGAGAGGUGAGCAUGAAGUACCAUGCCUAACUGAGGAGCUAUUGGCAAUUGGAAGAUUGUAGGAGUGUCUUUUUUCACGGGUUGAUCUCUGGAAGAUCAGCCAUGCUCCACUGGAAGGCCACAUAUCACAGAGUAUGUGAUUUAUUAUAUUUUUUGGAUGGGCUUUUUUAAAAAGAAAUAAGAGGUGGCUGGAGAGAUAGCUGAGCAGUUAAGAGCACUGGCUGUUCUUCCAGAGGACUUUCUUUCAUUUUCCAGCACCCAUAUGCCAACUCACAACUGUCUGUAACUCCAGUUCCAGA